CACUGUCUCCUAUUUUAACUCCUCUUCUCUGCGCUUUCACAGAACACAGGGCAAGCCCUUUCAUCCCAAUUAACUCUCUUUUUUUAGCUGUUUUCAAUCGAUUGAAGAAACUUCCACAUAUUGGGUUUCGAGUAUUGAGGGGGAAAUUCCGGUGUUGAUUGGUUAUUCGGCACCCCAUAAACUAUUUUUCUUUUUUAUGUCAGUUUUGGUGGUUGGAAUUUGUUAAAAUUUGUGUUUUUAAGGUUUCUGCUUUGUGGGGUUUCUGUUUGGAGAAGUCUAAGUUUUGGUCGGGGUUUAUCGGGUGGUGUUGUUUUUUUGGUAUUGAUGGCUAGCACGGUUGAAGAAAAGAACAAUGUUGAGUACGAUAGUGACCCGGAAGAGGCAAAAAGACCGUUAACAAUGCGGAGGCGUGAAGCCAGCGAUGACGAAGUAACCGAAGCCGAAGCCGAAGCUGAAGGAGAAGAAGUCACUGAUAAGAUGGAAGAUAGUAGGGUAGAGGUUCGUUCUGAUGACGAAGGAGGUGUUGAAGACUAUGAUGAUGAUGUUGAAGAAGAAGAAGAAGAAUUAGAAGAAGAGGAAGAGGAGGAGGAAGUGGAAGUUGAAGAAGAGGUGUACGAGGAAAAGGGUGCUACAAGUGGUGGGGUUGAGGUUGAUGAGGGUUCAGCGGAUGUGGUUAAGGAAUCUCAGGAUGAUGUCAGACCCCCUUUGGAAGAUUCUAUUGAGGACCAUUCGGAGGAGAAAAAGGAGAAUGAACCAUUUGCGGUGCCCACAGCUGGAGCUUUUUACAUGCACGAUGACCGUUUUAGGGACAAUGCUGGUGCCCGCCAAAGGCGGAUACAUGGGGAAAGGAGUCUGUGGGAGUCCAAAGACGACAGAAAAUGGGGACAUGAUAAAUUUGAGGAAAUUACUUUGCACGAAAAGCACCAUGAAGAGAGGGGGAGACCUUAUAAGGGUAAUUAUCGUGGUCGAGGUAAAAGUCGAGGCACUUAUCGUGGAGGAUAUGUUCAAGGAAACAGGACAGGAUAUAAUGACAGUAGCAAUCAAAAUCAGGUACCUAAGAGAGUUGUGAAAGGGAGAGGCCCCCAAAAGUAUGAACGUACCAAUAAAAGCAAUGGUCCAUCUUCUGCAGUGCAAAAUAAACAUUCGGAGAGGACUUCCACACAUGCUUCCAAGGUAGAAUCUGGCUCUGUGCCUGUUAAAAAUCAAGUGGUUGCUUCAAAUUUGAAUUCAGCAUCCCCACCAUUUUACCCCUCAGGCUCUUCCAACAAAGAUAUUAAUUUGGCACAAAAAAGGGAGGUGCAAACAGGUGGCAGUAGCAGGAACAUUAGUCCUGUUGUUGUGGAUGAGGGUUUCCCAGUUCAACAAAACAAUGCACGGCUUCGGGGAAACAACGUUGUUGAUUCCAUUAGCAUGGCAAAGUUGUAUAUUGAUGAAUCCAUCCCUCUAUCUGUUGGAAAGCCUGGAUCUUCUGCAGUCAGUGCAUCUCAAUCUCCUCAUCUCAGGGCUUCUGGGACUGGGAGGGGUGCAUCAAUCCCAAUACAGAUGAAUUAUCAGCAUGCUCCCUCGCAGAAUAAAGUUUCUCCAUCUCAAUUCCAGGUUAUUCAGACAAGUUCUGCACCAGGGAGGAAUUCAACUUCUGUGCAAGCUACUGCCCCACAGUUGGGGAAUAGGCCUGAUAGUGGGUCUCAAUCUUCAUCUCCCCUCGAAACAUCCAUGCCAAUAAGUUCACAUGAUUCUGGGGAAGUGGAUGCAGCAUCAGAAUCAGGUAAAGUCAAAGGUGCUAUGGUUGGGAAGGGAAGGGAAGGUUCCCAAGGUGCAGGAAGGGGCUCUUUCAUUUAUGGUGGGGCACAGGUAAUGGGCACCACAGGAAAUGCGGCUGUUAGUCAUGGAGAUCCAAACUUCCCAGCCUUCUUGCCAGUCAUGCAAUUUGGGGGCAAGCAUCCUGGUGGUAUGGGAGUUCCUACUGUCGGCAUGGCGUUCCCUGGAUAUGUUGCUCAGCCUCAACUUGGUUUGGGAAAGUCGGAAAUGACAUGGCUGCCAGUCUUGGCUGGUUCUGCAGGAGCUUUAGGGGCUACAUACCCAUUCCUUCCUGUUGAUGGUGCAAGUAAUCAACAAUCUGGACAGGCCUCUGCAUUGGGUACUUCAAGCAAGGAACAUAAUGUUGAUAAAGAUAAUCAUGAAUUGAAGCCACCUCAGAGAUCUGAGCUUGCAAGUGAUGAGUUUGAGCAAUGGCAGAAUAAACCCCGAAGAUAUUCAGAGAUGAAUUUUGGUCAGUGAAUAGGAUGCAGCUUGUUUGAAAUUUGAAAUAAGCAGAUAAAGGCCUUUUUCCUGGCCCUUUGUUCUCUAGCUUUUGAUCUGGAGCACUUUGGGCUACGAUAAGUUUCAGAUUUUUUAGUUAUAUAAUGCCUGCUCUUGCUGUUCCCCAUAGUAGAAAUUAUUGCAGCUUGACGGGUGAUAGUUGCUUGGUUUUUCUUGCGGUUUGGUUUUCUAGUGAAGCUUGUGUGAAACACAGGCAGGCUUCUCUGGAACUACAAAUAUAGAAAGAAGCCAUAAUUAUAGUUGUGCAGCAGCUGAUUGCAUCGUGGAUGAAAAGUUUCUCAUGUAAAGGGUUUUGUUAUGCGUCUGGUUUGACCAUGUGCUUAUAUCAUCUAUAAGCUUAUGAGACAUUUUUAAUGUAUUGUUCCUUUUUUUCUUUAGUUCAAUUACUUUUAGCUGAACGGUUCUAUUUCCAAAUUUUUACACCUAUUGUGACAUAGUUUGCUAUCAUACUAUCAACAGUUUUCCUGCAUUAUAUAAUGACCAUUUCUAUUGCCUCGUGGCUAUUUGAUUUUGCUACC